AAGUAGGGCGGCUGGCACUUUGCGGUGCACUUCAGUUCGCCUCCGGAGUGACUUUUGAUUUUUUUAAAAUAUAUAAUAUUACUACUCCGAUUCACCUUGCAGACAUAUUUGUUUUGGGAACGGGACGCACUGAAUGAUGAUGCCGCUGUGGGUCAGGUAAAAAGAAACGAGAGGCUUUGCGCAAAGUCAGCAAGGAGUGAAUUCACCUGAUUUAUUUGUGCAAUUCAGAUCUGCAUUUAAUCUUUUUUUUGUUGAAUAAGGGGAACUGCACAGCCUUAGUAAUAAACUGAUUAUGUGUCUGUUGAUUUCAGUUUUAAAACAGUUUCUUUACUGAAACACAGACAGACAUAGUUGCACGUUUUCUUUGCGACCUGUAAACAGAAACAAAGUGACAGAUGCUGUAGAUAUUUUGAGCGUACACGAACGGAACGGAAAAGAUUUCGGAUGAACUUCUGUGAUUCUGUUAAACCUGUGGCUUACUAAAAAAAUCAAGCAGAGCAAACAUAGCCUAUACCAAGAGCCUCAAUAUGCAAUAAGUUCCACGUGACAAACCUAGAAUGAAAUUUUGAACCCUUUGGAAUGCACUGAUCGUUUAUCACAAAAUACAUAUACUUUAAUCCCCCAAGAAGAGGCAGCCAAAACAGUGUGGUUUUAUUGCUGGGUAAAUGUGCGCAAACAAAUAUAAUAACCACAGUCUGGUGUGAGACCUCCUGCGGCUGACCCUGAAGCCAGAUACUUUUUAUAAGAGCUAACCUCCCCACCACCACGUUAUCUUCAACAAAACCCAUUGAAUACCUUCCCUAACUCGAGACAAUGUUGUUGAUCAGACUACUGGCUAUUUUCCUCAUCCUCAUCACCAACACGUGGCUGCUCAGCCCAGUUCGCUCUGACGCACUCCGCCGGUACAAACGCACCAUGGCCCAGCGGGCGGACCGCGAGCUCUCCAGGCUGGCAGGUGAGCCCUGCACUGUCUCGGGCGUUUGGAGGUCCCGGCGGCAACCGCGCUCCGACUCUCCGUCCCAACACCGCCCUCAAGCGGCCCGUCCGAGGACGCGCACGAGCCGGAGAGAGCUGUACACUGUUGGGAGCGCUCUCGCGGUUUGUGCAGGAGGAUGCAGGUUUGACACCGGGGUGCGCCGGUUCGCUCCGGCGGGGGAGGAUAAGCGAGGCUGGGCCAACGUAGAGGAUGUGGCGGUGGGAGCAACGUUUCCCCGGCAGCUCUUCGAGAAACGCUCCACUAACGACCAUGUCCGUGAACACACCACACAGAAGCCCGGGGUGUCUUUGCUUAAAGACGCCGGGCAGACCGUCUCCUCCUCUGGCCGUGCAAAGUCCCCACGCGCCUCCCGCUCCAGGUUCACCCGCAGCCUCGGCGGGACGUUUCCUUACGCGGACGACGGCAACUCCAGCUGGGAGAAAGUUUCCCCCGACAGCUCAACCGACACCACGGGGCUCCAGGUCCUCUACAGGCUGCGGCAGGAUGAUGGAGACCAGCAGUCCUCGACCGGGACCCUGGAGGACAGCACCGAGGACUACUCCGGGGAGGUGGACGAGGCUGAUCCACCCGCGAGUCUGCCCGUCGGCAGCUCAUCUCCCUGGGGGAGUCCCGUGCCCAGGGUUCCCCCCUCCUGGAUGACCGCCCUGUACUUCGGCGGGCGUCGGGAGCAGCUGAAGGUGAAGCCGGCUGCGGGGGUGGAGCUGCCGAGGGCCAAGUUCAGCCUGGAGCUGUGGGUGAAGCCCGAGGGGGGGCAGAGCAACCCGGCGAUCAUAGCAGGUGUAUUUGACAACUGUUCCCAUUCACUGAGUGAGAAGGGCUGGUCGGUAGGCAUCCGGACCGUGGAGCCCGCCGGCGCCAAAGAUGCGCGCUUCUACUUCACACUCCGCACAGACCGAGCCGUGAAAUCCACCACCGUCUACAGCCACCAGCGGUACAGAGCCAACGCCUGGACCCACCUGAUGGCCACUUAUAACGGCCACAACAUGAGCCUUUACGUCGACGGUGCUAAGGUGGGAGAGAGCAGUCUCCAGGCGGGGAAUCUAUACAGUCCCUUCAUGAAGACGUGCAGAACCCUCUUCCUCGGCAGUAACCAAUCGGAUCAGGGACACAGCUUCAGGGGCCAUAUAGGGGGUGUGGUCUUGUGGGGCUACGCCCGCUCUCACGAGGAGCUGCUGAAGCGGCCACUUCUAAACGACAAAAGCGAGCCACUCUUGGCGAUGUGGGCUGACUUCACUAAGGUGGAAGAGGUAUGGACUCCAUACAAAGUUGGCCUCCAUCCAACCGUCAUCACCACUCCCGUCCCUGAACAAGAACUUGUCUCCUCGUUCCUGCCGCCACCCUGCGGCCUGACACCUUGCGACAACACCGACAUAAUCUUUGGCUACAACAACAACUGCCAGCUCCGUGCUACCAAGCGAGUGCGCUACCGGGUCGUCAACCUCUCCGAUGACGAUGGUGGGAACCCCACCGUGUCCGAAAACCAGAUCCAGCUCCAGCACCGGGCUCUAACCGAGGCCUUUUGGCCUUACAACAUCACCCUGAAUCUGAGCGUGCACACUGCCAGAAACUCCAGCUUCAGACAGCGGUUCAUCCUCAGCAACUGUCGAAUUGGGAAGAUCGGGAACCGCCAAUGUGACCCAGAGUGCGACCACCCAAGGACAGGCCACGACGGCGGGGACUGCUUAAGACUGGGGGCCUGCUACAACUGGAAGAGGCAGGAUGGAGUUUGUAACAUGGAGUGCAACAGCAUACAUUAUGACUACGAUGAUGGAGACUGCUGUGACCCGGAGAUCACCGACGUCUUCAAGACCUGCUUCGAUCCCGAGUCCCCUGACAGGGCCUAUAUGAGUGUGAAAGAGCUGAAGGAGGAGCUGCACCUGAGCGGCAGCGACACGCUCAAUGUUUUCUUUGCCAGCAACUCGGUACGAGAAGAGCUGGCAGGAGCUGCAACGUGGCCAUGGGCGAAAGAGGCUCUUACCCACCAAGGUGGGAUGGUGCUUAACCCGUCCUACUUUGGCACCAUGGGCCACCACAACACCAUGAUCCAUGAGAUGGGCCACAUCCUUGGACUGUACCAUGUCUUCAAGGGGGUGAGCGAGCGGGACUCCUGUGAUGACCCAUGUCAGGAGACCACCCCAUCCAUGGAGACAGGAGAUCUGUGUGCUGACACCGCACCAACACCCAAAUCCAAAGCCUGCCACGACCCUGGAGCCGUCAAUGAUACCUGUGGACUCACCAUGUACCGUGACACACCUUAUAGCAAUUACAUGAGUUACACAGAUGACAACUGCACCAACCAUUUCACACCCAACCAAGUGGCCCGGAUGCACUGUUAUCUUGACUUGGUCUACCAGAACUGGCUGAUGGAGCAGCAACCUGCCCCCAUCCCUCUGGCCCCUAUAGUGACGGACCAGAGUCCGGAUUCUGUCUCAAUCUAUUGGCUGCCACCUAUAAGGGGACCACUUUAUCAGAGCUCCUCCUUCCAUGUGUCUGGUAUCAACUGUGGAGACUGUGAGACGGACGGCAUUUUCCACCAGUACGCCUCUGAGGCCACCUCACCUCGCAUCUGUGACACGUCAGGCUACUGGACACCCGAGGAGGCAGUUGGCCCACCUGACGUGGAGCAGCCCUGUGAUCCCAGCCUCCAGGCCUGGAGUCCCGAGCUCAGCCUUUAUGAUACCAACGUGACCUCACCGUGUCCUGACACGGAGGGCUGCACACUCACGCUGAGGUUCCUCCACCACAUCGUUCCACACAAACUUACACUCUGGGUCACCUACGUCUCUUCCAACAACCCGGCCCUAGCCAACGUGGAGCUGAUAACAGACGCGGGGAAAAGCAUCAACCUCGGACCCCAGCACGUCUUCUGCGACAUGCCCUUCACGCUGCGCCUGGACACCCGCGGCGCCGCCAUCGUCGCUGUCAAACUCUGCACCUUCGACGAGAAGAUGGAGAUCGAUGCCGCGAUGUUGUCCUCAGGCCCCGGCAGCCCCCUGUGCUCCGGCUGCCAGCCCCUGCUGUACUGGAUUCGGCGGCAGCCGCCCUUCACCGGCAAGACCCCCUCGCCUCAGACCCGGCAGACGUUCACUGACAGCUCUGUAAGGCAGGGGGUCAAGUACCAGUACACAAUCCAGGUGGAAGCAGACGGCCUCCUCAGUGAUCCCUCCUCACCUCUCCUCUACAGUCAUGGACAGUCCUACUGCGGAGAUGGCUUCAUACAGGGGACAGAAGAGUGUGACGACAGCAAUCUGUUGGACGGCGACGGCUGCUCUAAGAAAUGCCUCAAGGAGAUGAGCUUCAACUGUAAUGGCGAGCCGAGCCGGUGUUAUGUCUUCGACGGCGACGGCGUGUGCGAGGAGUUCGAGCGGGGCUCCAGCGUUCGGGACUGCGGUUACUUCACACCUUUGGGCUACACGGACCAGUGGGCUUCCGACGCCGCCGCUUCGCACCAGGACCCCGACCGCUGUCCCUCCCAUGCCGCCACCGGGGAGCCGUCACUCACCAAGCUCUGCAGGUACCAGCACCUGGAGGUGAGUGACAAACUGCCCACAGACGCCUGGUUCCCUUGCACAGCCCAGUCCGACACUAAUGACCUGGAACAUUCAUUUUGGCUGAAGGUGGGAUUUGUCCAUCCCGGAGUGGCAGCUUCUGUGAUGGUGUACCUGGCUUCAGAUGGGUCGUGGUCUGGGGAGCAGUGUCGGAGGACAGCUACCAUCCUCCUGUCCGAUACUACUGGGAAGAACCACUCACUCGGCACACAUGACCUCUCAUGCCAUCGGAACCCGUUGGUGGUGAACGUGACCCAUGACCUCUCUCGACCCUUCUUCAUCACGGCCUCGGUUAUCCUCCUCUUCUCCUCCCCUUCUGUGGCAGUGACAGGUGUGGCCCUGAGGACGUCCUGCCACUUCAGCACCUUCGCCCUGACCGGCUGUUUGCGGCAGCCGUGUCAGCUGGACAGCUGCGCCCCCCCCCAGCUAGAGCACGCCUCUGUCAGGUGUACAGGAGGAGGGGAGUCCUCCUACUGCUCUGUCCAGUGUCACCGCGGUUUCAGCAUCACUGUCCUCAACAGCAAGGGAACCCUUCCUCACCAGAGAGAAUCACAGCUGGAGUGCUUCCAUGGUUCGUGGGAUCGUGUAGUUAGCUGUCAGCCUGUAGACUGUGGCCUGCCCGAUCAGUCUCAUGUCUACCAUGCCAUAUUCAGUUGCCCCUGGGGCACCACCUUCGGCAAACAGUGCUCCUUAACCUGUGGAUCACCAGCUAUACUGCAAGGUGACAGCGACAGGUUGGUGUGUUUGGAGGACGGCCUGUGGUCUUUCCCAGAGGCCUACUGCAAGAUCGAGUGUCCCGAAGUUCUGAACAUACCCGACGCCAAGCUGCUGACAGCAGACUGCCUGGCCUCGGGGCACGACGUCGGUUCCAUCUGCCGUUACAAAUGUAACCCAGGCUUUUAUGUGAUAGGGAGCCUCAAGAAGAAGACACCCAGGAAGUACUUCAGGUUGGAGUGCCUGGAGGGGGGGCAGUGGGAGGAAACUAACUGUGAGCCCAUAUCCUGCCAGGCCCCUCCUGAUGUAUUCCAGGGCAUGUACAACUGCACCAACGGCCUGUACUACGACACCCUCUGCACCCUGCAGUGCCCAGAUGACACAGAAAAUAGGGAGAUUCGCUGCACUAAGGAGGGUGACUGGACUGCAGAGUUCACCAUGUGCUCCAAGCUCCAGGGAUCGUGCUCUCCUCCGGUCGAUCUCAACUCUGUAGAGUACAGCUGCGACCAAGGGAUGGAUGUCGGUGCUGUUUGCUACCCGACAUGCAUUGUGGCUGUAGACAUGGAUCUGCGUGACCUGGUGGUUCUGCCCAAUGGCUCUACAGUUGACUCUUUAAAGCACUGGAUGCUGCCCACCAAAGUCCAGAGCAUAGUGUGCACAGGGAUGAUGAAGUGGUACCCUGACCCUCAACACAUCCAUUGUAUCCAGUCAUGUGAGCCUUUUGGAGGGGACGGCUGGUGUGACACCAUCAACAACCGGGCCUACUGCCAGUAUGAUGGAGGAGACUGCUGCCCGUCCACACUCUCCACCAGAAAGGUCAUUCAGUUCGGGGCGGACUGCAACCAGGACGAGUGCACUUGCCGAGAUCCGGACACCGAAGAGAAUAAGAGCAAAGCCAAGGACUCGGGAGGAGGAGGAGGAGGAGGAAUGCAAUAAGAUGGAGGGAUGAAAGAGGCUGAACUUGAGUCACACCACAGACUACACACCACAACACACAAAUAACGAAAAUAUUACAUUUGUAAUGCGGAGAACGCAAUUGAAGUCAGAAUUUACACGAUAAAAGGCCUUUUUUAUUUCAUCCUAUGCGACCUUGCUGUCCAAUGGCACUACAUCUGAGUCAUGUUGGUUUCAAAAACAGUAUUCCGUCCCUCACAAACAUCCACAUGUGAACAAAUUGUUUUCUUUUUUCUGUGUAGAAGAUUCUAUUUAUAAAAGGAAACCCCUCAGUGAGGAAACAUUGAGGUAAAAAAAAAGCAGUCCAUCCACUCCAGUACAAAUCAAGUCAUCAUCAAACCGCUCUUCUAAAUGGAUUCAAGUACUCUGUUCAGUUAUUUAACUCGUCGGAUGGCUUUUCAAAACCAAAGGAGGACUUUUAAAAUCUAAGUCGAGUAGACAAGUCGCCUGAUCACUUAAAAAAAAAAAAAAAAACGUCAUUCACGUCAACAUUUUUGGAAUUACAAACGAUUACUUCCAAAUCUAAGUCGGGCAAAUGUUAAAUAUCAGUGUCAGAAUUAUUAUGGAUUUCCACUGAAGCAAAGAUGUACUUCAUAUUGUAAUGUUGGAGUCAGAAAAUCAGUGGUGGAACGUUAAGAUAAACCAAAAAUGAAGAUUUAAAAAAGGCUUUUGGGAAGGAGGGCAUUUCAUUUGCUCAACACGGACCUGAAAGUCGUCUCCUGCUUGCAUGUAUGUAUGUCAGGUUCUGGUAUCCGUUAGCCAGAAAUGAUAAAGUACCACAUGUUGUAAACUAUAAAAAGAAAGAAAGAAAGAAGUGUAAUCAUGUUCUCUGUGAUAUUUUACAGUACUUUAUACUCUAUAUGAAAUAAAUAGCAACUUUAUAUCGACCCUCAUGAAGUUUGGAUUGAUUGAUUCAUGGUCAUUAACAGAGGACGCGUCUGUUGUUUGGUU